UUUUUAUCAAUUUAUGUCUUUUCUUUUCCCUUUUAGUUCGUGGUCUAAGAUUAAAGCUCUUAGGUUUAUUUUUAUUUUUAUUUUUCGCUCUCGUUAUUCGUUAUUCGUUAUUAGUAUCGUAAUAAUAUGCACGUCGGACCCAAGGUCCCCAAAGUAUUAUUAACCUAUACACACUUCCAUGUCUUCUUUUUGGCAAGGUACCUGUUCCCAUCAUCUACAAGCUGCAUACGGGUCGAUCUAAGCACUACUCUACAUCUCCGCUACCCUUACUUAUUAUUAUUUAGUAUUAUUUCAUGUAUUUACUCAUGUACGCAUGUACGAGACUACAUGUAUGUAGGUACGGUACCUGUCUACCUGCCAAUAUGCCUACGUGCCUACAUGCCUACAUACACCUACAUACACCUACAUACGCCUACAUGUCUCUUCGUACUUUGCUAUGCCCCCUACUUAUCUUCUUAGCCAUAAUUAUAUCCCCAUAAUUAUGUCCCAUUGCAUCGUCCAUCGUUUACGUAUGUAUGUAGGGGAAAUAGUUAAGGUAGGUAUACACAUCGACCGUUCCUCGAUGGG